AUGCCUGCCGGAGUUACUUGGGGUCAAUAUAUUUCGUUUUCCAUGGCAGCUUUGGUCUCAAUGCUAGCAGGAUCACAAAUGGUUCAUAUGCGUUAUCAUCCAUUGGACGAUCUACAAAAAUAUAUUAAUAAAGAAUUAGAGAACUUUCCAGAAAAUAUCCAACAAAAGAUAAAACAGGAGCUCAAGGAAGAAGGGGUGUUAAAAUGAUGUGUAACAAAAGAAGAAAAUGUGUUAUGUAAUGUUAUUGUUAAUUCAAAUGUUAUUAUAAGAGUUACUUUUACCCUUUAUUAAAAUGAUUUAGAUAAACUAGUAUAAUAU